GCCCAUUCUAAUCUGCCGCCGCGCCCUCCCAGAGCGCUGGUUCUGAAGAGAGGGUCACCGGCCGGAAAUCCCCAAUUUUCCACUGGACUCGUUUGGGACUGGCUGUGGAUGACGCAGACGGCGGACGGUUCCUUCAGCGGCAGCGCCGCCACCGGUCCGUCGUUUCACUCGCCGUAAGGAGGAGGCUGCAGCUGCGAGUCAAACUUUAAGUGAACCCAAUCCCCGUCCCUGUCGGCGCCGUCGGUUCGGGCGGAACGAUGGAGGUCCUCCAGCCUUCCGAUCGAGUGGGUUUCCUGUGAGGGAUUCGCGGUUUCUCCAUUGAUCCGCACGCCGGCGCCAGAGAUAGCCUUCCGGCGCGAUAUGUGCACAAUCUCCGAUUAUCAGGGUGCUGCCAAUGGAAGAGACCUAUCCGGGUACAACCACCACGCCAGUUAUUUUUCGUGCACGCGGCCUGUCCCUCAUGGCGUUCCCUACCCUGACGACGCUAGACAAGGACACUGUUUCGUGCUUCUAUCUGGCAAUGGAGGGCCAGCGAGAGGAACAUCACUGCCGUACUGUUGCCCAUCGUCGGUGCCGUCGCCAUCUAGGCGUUCAUGAUGUUCCCAAACAUCGUAUACCUGCCCACACACUAGCCAAUUCAUGGCUUCAAUCAGCGCUGUAUCCAAAGAUUAAUUAUUUGUGCCUAUCUCCAUGCAGUGUGAAAGUUUGCGUGGUUUGGUCCCUGGGUGCAUAAUUAAUUGGUCAAAAAUAGUCCAUGUUAUUUUUCAUAUAAGUGCCACAUAUAACUUUAUUUUGGUGUGUAAUAGGCUGAGAUUAGCUGCGGAGAACAGAAGAGAUUACCUGGACGAGAAUCAAUCGCUCGGGUUCGAGGACGGCCACUCCAGGGUCAUCUGUUGGUUGCGGCAGCAAGGGGUAACCAACUACAGUUCGUGCUGGACGCCAUGAGCACUACGAGGUCUGAGGAGGAGCAGUUAGUGGAGAAGCACACCAACAUCGCCGCAACUGAAACUUGAAGUAGCUAAGGUACUAAAGAAAUUUGCUAAGGUACUAAAGCAGGAUUUUAUACGGAGGCGGAUCACGCCGAGGCAGAUCCCAGCGAGUGCUCCUUGCUCUGGAAAUUGAGCCUUCCUUACUAGGCCUGUAUCAACAGUACUUUAUGUAGCAAGAAGAUGAGUUCCUUAAGCUGGUAGACAAGAUGGAACCAGCAGACACAUUACUUAAGCUGGAGUACCUAGGAACAACUGAGACAUGUAUCAGUUCUUCUUCUUUGCUUAUAAGCAUUAGGUGCGCAAUGGACUACGAAAAGACAUGUGGUGGAUUUCUUGAAGGUGUUAAAUUGGAGGCAGGCAACACAGAGAUCGAAGAAGGGUUAAGGGAGGCCUUGGCAUCCUUGAAGAUAACUGGCGGUAUCACUGGAAAAGAUAUGCUGGAUCAGCGCCGGAUAGUUGAUGCUGAGAGGGCAAAGUCAGCCAAGAAGGCCAACAUGAUCAUCGACGCGGAGCUGCGGCUCGGCCCGCCCGGCAGCCUCUGCGACCUGGCUUUCGGCGCUUCGGCGGCGCAGAAGAAACGGCCGUCCCCGUCGUCAGCGGCGGCAGCGGCCAGGAGCGAGGCCUCCGGGACCGAUGACCACGACACCGCACCGGCUUCCAAGGUGCAGGUGGUGGGCUGGCCUCCGGUGGGCGCAUAGAGGAAGAGCACGUUCCAGUCGGCAACGUCCACAUCCACGGCCGCGAAGGAGAAGGACGGCGCCAGCGAGGCGUGGGAAGCCACCGCGGCCGGGAAGAAACCAGCGGGCGGUGGGCUGUACGUCAAGGUGAGCAUGGACGGCGCGCCGUACCUGCGCAAGGUCGCCGGGGAGCAGCGGCGCACGGUCGUGAUACAUCUCCGACGUAUCGAUAAUUUCUUGUGUUCCAUGCCACAUUAUUGAUGAUAUCUACAUGUUUUAUGCACACUUUAUGUCAUAUUCGUGCAUUUUCUGGAACUAACCUAUUAACAAGAUGCCGAAGUGC